AUGAUCCGGGAGGGGGACUCGUCCCCGAUCCGGGAGGGAGGGGGACGAGUCCCUGAUCCUGGAGGGGGACGAGUCCCUGAUCCGGGAGGGAGACGAGUCCCCGAUCCUGGAGGGAGGGGGACGAGUCCCCGAUCCGGGAGGGAGGGGGACGAGUCCCUGAUCCUGGAGGGGGACGAGUCCCUGAUCCGGGAGGGGGACGAGUCCCUGAUCCGGGAGGGAGACGAGUCCGUGAUCCGGGAGGGGGACGAGUCCCCUAUCCGGGAGGGAGACGAGUCCGUGAUCCGGGAGGGAGACGAGUCCGUGAUCCGGGAGGGGGACGAGUCCGUGAUCCGGGAGGGGGACGAGUCCCCUAUCCUGGAGGGAGACGAGUCCGUGAUCCGGGAGGGAGACGAGUCCGUGAUCCGGGAGGGGGACGAGUCCCCUAUCCGGGAGGGAGACGAGUCCGUAAUCCGGGAGGGGGACGAGUCCCCUAUCCGGGAGGUAGACGAGUCCGUAAUCCGGGAGGGAGACGAGUCCGUGAUCCGGGAGGGAGAUGAGUCCGUGAUCCGGGAGGGGGACGAGUCCCCGAUCCUGGAGGGGGACGAGUCCGUGAUCCGGGAGGGGGACGAGUCCCCUAUCCGGGAGGGGGACGAGUCCCCGAUCCUGGAGGGGGACGAGUCCGUGAUCCGGGAGGGGGACGAGUCCCCGAUCCUGGAGGGGGACGAGUCCCCGAUCCGGGAGGGAGACGUGUCCGUGAUCCGGGAGGGGGACGAGUCCCCGAUCCGGGAGGGGGACGAGUCCCCGAUCCGGGAGGGGGACGAGUCCCCGAUCCGGGAGGGAGACGAGUCCGUGAUCCGGGAGGGGGACGAGUCCCCGAUCCGGGAGGGGGACGAGUCCCCGAUCCGGGAGGGAGACGAGUCUGUGAUCCGGGAGGGAGACGAGUCCGUGAUCCGGGAGGGGGACGAGUCCCCGAUCCGGGAGGGAGACGAGUCCGUGAUCCGGGAGGGAGACGAGUCCGUGAUCCGGGAGGGGGACGAGUCCCCGAUCCGGGAGGGAGACGAGUCCGUGAUCCGGGAGGGAGACGAGUCCGUGAUCCGGGAGGGAGACGAGUCCGUGAUCCGGGAGGGAGACGAGUCCGUGAUCCGGGAGGGGGACGAGUCCCCUAUCCGGGAGGGGGACGAGUCCCCGAUCCUGGAGGGGGACGAGUCCGUGAUCCGGGAGGGAGACGAGUCCGUGAUCCGGGAGGGAGACGAGUCCGUGAUCCGGGAGGGAGACGAGUCCGUGAUCCGGGAGGGGGACGAGUCCCCGAUCCGGGAGGGAGACGAGUCCGUGAUCCAGGAGGGAGACGAGUCCGUGAUCCGGGAGGGAGACGAGUCCGCUCCACUGGCGGUUCUACGAUUUUUCUGA